AUGCAACUUUUUCUUCUUUUCGUAACUGUUCUCAUCCCUUUCUGCUCUUCUCAAACCACUCGUAACUGUUAUACUUGUGCGAGUUCUGACUUGAAAGACAAAUGGUAUUUGACUGGAUUGGCACCUGUUCCUGACGCUUAUUUCACUGGAAGUUGUUCGAAUAGAGCAUCUUCAUCCACUAGAGAAUCUUGUUCUGGACCUUGCCUGACUAUGGUUUUCGAAAAUCCAGAUGAAAUCGGAUCGUCUCAAACUCCAACAACAUAUGUCGUCCGUGGUUGUCAUCGUACCCUCACAAACUCAGUAUCUGACAGAAUAACCAAUAAUGGAGGCGACUUUUGUGAGCUGGAUAACACGUAUCGAAUGGCUGAUAGAAGAGGAAAUGUUGUGAAUGUUCGAAUGAUGAGUUUGUUGUGUGGAGAUCAAGAGUUAUGUAAUGACAUUGAAUUCACUCAAACCGAUUUUAUGAGUGGAGUUACUUGUGCAAAUCAGACAAAUAACAAUCUAUUGAAUAGUACUCCACUCAAUUGCUAUGAAUGUACACCAGCUGAGGGAGACAAUUGUCACGAAUCAAAAUGCACCAAGAAGUACUGUAUGAAACAACAAAUCAAGUUAGACGGUGGAUUCCAAAUGACAAAAACCUGCACAAAUGUCAAUAUUCUUGGAUUAGACAACUCGUGUCAAACCUAUGACGUGUUUACUAAUCCAGGCGGCGUUGCAGUCAAAAGUCAGUAUACUCAGUGUUUUUGUAAAGAUAAACAAUUUUGUAAUUCUGGAAUCUCCUAUUCUGUUCUCUUCUCCUCAAUUCUUAGCAUCUGGUUCAGUUCUCGAUUUUUGUAA